AAACCAGUUUGGUCUGAUACUUGGUUUUUUUUUGGGAACCCAACCCCUCCAUUUCCUGCAGCUGAGACCCGUCGCCGCCUUGCCGUUGCCACCGCCGCAACGGCGCUGCUCACCCCCCGCCAAUGCAAUCGAUUCUAGUUCCCGCUCAAGGAUCCUAUUUCCUCCUCCGAAUUCUGAAUGGAAGCUCUCAGACAUUCGAAUCGUUUAAGGACCAGAUAUCUCUUUAUUUUUCGCGGUUCCUUCGUAUUAGUUCCAGUUUAGACCUAAUCGAAUCCAGGAGCACGAGUAGCGAUCGAAAUGAGAAGAAGGAAAUUUCAGACGGUGGAGAUGAGGAGCCGAGGGGCGCCGUUUUCAACGCGUUGGAUGCAAUGUUGAAGUGUAGUUUGGAUCGGUUGAAAACUACGAGGGAAAGAAUAUGUUGGGGGCAUUCAAGUGGGUAUAGUUUCGUCUUUGAAUCAGCGUCCAAGAGUGAUAUAAGUUUGAUUAGAGCUUUGUGCCUGGAAGGUAAGCUAGGAGCAGCUUUACGUCUUUGGCACACUGAGGUUCAACAGCUUAGAAUUCCUGAUGUCCUCACUCACAAUUACCUUCUAAAUGCACUUUGCAAAAGCGGUGACAUGGAGAGAGCAGUGUGGCUUGUUAACGAGAUGUUAGUCCAUGGCCCUCGCCCCAGUUGUGCUACCUACAACACUUUGAUGAGUGGUUAUUGUCUGUUAAAUGAUGUCGAUAGAGCUCUGGAUGUUUUUGCUGCCAUGGAUAACCAUGGGGUGAGGCCAAAUAGGGUCUCAUGCAAUAUUCUUGUGCACGCUCUUUGCCAGAAUGGCUUAUUGCAGCAUGCAACAAAGCUGCUUGAGAUAAUCUUGGAUGACAAUAAUGAUGGUGGAAGUUCAAAUUUAAUCACUUCAACCAUACUUAUGGGUGGUCAUAUCAAGAGUGGUAGCAUUGUUGAAGCUAUCACUUGUUGGAAUGAUAUAUUUGAAAGGGGUAUAGAGGUCGAUGUUGUUGCAUAUAAUGUUAUUAUUCAUGGAUAUUGUUUGAGAGGGGACUUAACCAUUGUGUACAAGUCUUUGGGCAAAAUGUAUAAAAGUGGUCUUGUUCCUGACAUUUUUUCUUAUAAUACAGUCAUCAGUGAGCUAUGCAAGUCAGGCUGGAUUGAUGAGGCAUGUUAUGUUUUUGGUGUUAUGUCAAGGAUGGGAAUUCCUCCUGACCACAUCACAUAUAAAAUGAUCAUCCAAGGUUUGUGUAUUAAUGGAGAUGUAUCUAGAGCAACCUAUUAUAUUUCACACAUGCUGCAGAACUCGUUGGUGCCCAAGCCUCUCAUCUGGAAUGUCAUGAUCAAUGCCUAUGGAAAACGUGGACAAGUACAAGAGGCACUGUUCAUGAAAACCAAAAUGAUUGAACUUGGUGUACUGCCCAAUGUUUAUACAUACAAUGCUCUUAUUUACACACAAAUAAAAGAUGGAAGUAUUGACAAGGCUUAUUAUCUGAUGACUGAGAUGCUGUUUAAUGGUUUUUUUCCUGAUGUAGUCACCUACAAUUUGUUGAUUGGUGCUUAUUGUGAUCUGGGAAACAUUAGUUAUGCACUCCAGCUGCACAAUGAAAUGGUGCAGAGAGGAUGUGAACCAGAUAUAGUAACUUAUACCGAAUUACUUAAGUGCUACUGCAUUAGAAGCAAAAUCAGAGAGGCUGAAGAUUUACUUUUGAAGAUGUUGACGACAAAUUUGACAAUUGAUCAUGUGCCAUUUAUAAUACUCAUGAAGAAAUGCUUCAGGAUGGGGGAGCUAGAUAAAGUUUACAAUCUUCAUCGCAUAUGGUUACGAAGGAGAAGAAAUCUGUAAUCGAAAGUCAUGUGGUGAAACCGAAAGGACAUGGUUGUUCUACCAUGGAGCUUUUUGCUUGAUAGUGCGCAGCUGGGAUGUUCUCCUGGAGAUGUUUUUGAAGUGACAGCACCUUACUGCGGCUGUGUGAAUAAGAACAAUAUUCUUAUUAUGAUCACAAGGUGGUGCUGGAGCAACAGUUAUUCAGCCUAUCAACUAAUCUUGGAGUGUUCCCUAUGUGUUCUCCUCGACUCCCUGAUAUUUCUGUGGCAAUCCGCAAUAUCAAAAGUGAUCAAGGGAAAUAAAUAUAUUUCAGUCAACAAGCUUGGUGAUCUGAAAAAACUUAUUCAACUCUAUUCCCUUGCUUUGAUCGCAAAGUUUGUGCCUGGACAGUUGCUGCGGCCUCGUCCAGAUUGAGGAAGUUGCUGCAGUACAUCCAGCUUAUCGAGGAAGUUGCUGCAGUACAUCCAGCUUCUGAAUGUGUCAUAACGCAUGUGGCUGUGAUCCAGAGUUGACAACAUCCACCAGACUAUCAGGCUACUUCCUGAGAGACGAUACUUUCAGGUACAAUGAGUGUACACUUGUGCUCUGGUACGCGUGGAGAACAGGAACAACUUUGACAUGCAUAAUGAGUUCAAACAUCGAGUUGCUUAAAUGCCUCGUGAGAAUAUAAUUAUUGAAUUGGAUGCAUUUAACUUUGGUUAAAGGAUGAUAAUCAUAAACUAUCACUAAGUUGUGUUCUAGAGUAUCAUUCAAGGAGGUACGAGUGCAUUAAUACUAGGAUUUACAUUUGUGGAAAAUUUGCAAUUUUCUUGGAUACCAAGCUGGAUUCUCUAUGCACAAUGGAUGAUUGCCAAAUCUUUCAAACUUUGCUUACCGAAAUUCACGAAAUGAGAUUCAUCUUACUAGAA